AUGGGCAGUAUGCCGUCGUUGCGGCGACAGCACCUCCUGGCCGAAUUUGCUGGCCUGAAGCAGGCUUGUCCGGAGGGGGUCUUUGUGAGCUUGACGCCAGGAGACCCGAUGCUAUGGUCCGGCGUCAUGUUUGUGAGGCACGGACCCUACGCUACGGCUAUCCUGAGAUUUCAGAUUUCGUUCCCAGACACAUAUCCUCGACUACCGCCACUGGUCACUUUUUCAACAGACAUUUUCCACCCCCUAAUCACACCAUUAACCACGUACAUGUACACCACCGACAUUCAGGACAACGGCACGGUAAGCGCCACCGACGCAGAACGCCUACCGCCCGGAGGUUUCAGUCUACGACAUGGGUUUCCCGCUUGGUUUGGGCGGGGCAGCAAAAGCAACGCGGGGAGCCGACAGGUCAGCGGCCAGCAGCAACAACAACCGCCCGCGACGCCUGCCAGAGGCGGUGGGGAGCCACCCAGCACUACGUCGACGCCGAGCUCAAAGGCGACGCCUCUCGGAGGACGGCCUGGGUAUCUCGACACUUCGAGGCGAGAGGUCUCCACGUACGAGGUCUUGCGAUAUAUCCGGAGCACGUUCGAUGACGAAAAGGUGCUAGACUCGGUGCCUCUCGAAGCUGCGGGAAACCCUGGCGCGUGGCAUGCGUGGCGGACACGUCAGCGACAGACGGGCAAGAGUUUUCCUGGCGAUCCGGUACCGCAGGAGAAGAGUGAAAAGGAGCAAGAGAGCGACAAAGUGGCAGAGGCUGCUGAUGGUGCUCAGGAGAAGAAGGAAGGCGAAGCGGAAGGGGAAGAAAAGGUGGUGGAGGCGCCGCCUCCGCUACCUGAGAGGAAGCCUUCCACCAGCGGGAGUGUUCACUCCAUUGUUAGGAAACCUAUCGGUAGUGCGCCUUCCGUCUCCAGAAAGCCUGGGGAAUGGAAUUGGGAAGGCGUUUGGGAGGAUAGAGUACAGAAAGGCAUCGCGACGUCCCUGUCUGAGGCGGUCUUGUACGGGGCGACGUCGGGUGGGGAUGACCUGAUCAACUUCCUUGCAAUGGAGGAAGGCGACGUGGACGCUAUCAUCAUUCCAAGACGUCAGAUCAUCACGUGCAUUACUUACCGUCUUGUUACUUCGACUAUGGGCCUCUCAACUCCCGUAGCCGCAGUUCUCAUCGUUCUCGUCACCGUCGUACCCAUGCUACUCAUCGCAGGCUUCACCGCCCGCUUCAUCUCACGCAACUUCAGGGACGCAGCCGGUGCCAUCGAACCCAAGCCAGCGAGACGCUGGUUCGGCCUCCGACGCGUCAAAUCGAACGACAGCGCCACCACCAGCCUCGCAACCAACACGCUACACUACGCCGACUCGUGGCCGGAUCUCGAAAGUCUCAGGACGUACCAGGACACGCCGACACCUUCGAUCCAGCGCGGCAUCCACGAGUCGUUUGAGCUGGAGUUUCUCGCCGACAAGGCGGAGAACGGAUCGGAGAGGGGCGGUCCCGAAGUCCCGCAGCCGCUCAAGGUUCUCAAGAGACUCGGGCGUGAUUCUGGAGGGGAGUCCCGAGGAGAUGCAAGCGGCUCGCAAUCAGUUGCCGAGACUGACGAGGGUGUAGACGGUGUCUCGGGACCGUUUGGCGAGUCACUCGUUGACCACCAGCUUGGGAUAAGUUCGUUUCACAUGCUAUUCCUGGGCCACUCGAUGAUGGCCUUGAGGCAGUAUCCCAAGCACCACAACGCGAUCCUUUCAGGCAUGGGUGUAUUCACAGCAUGGAUAUCCAAAUCGUUCCGCUUGGAAACAGUUGUAUUCUUGAGACAAUUCGGGAUGAUCCUAUCCAAACUCAAAUCGCCUCGCUCCACUGCCGUGACUACGCAGCAAGGCCAUGUCAAACACAGGUCAGAUGAGCUGAUUGAUGACUUGGAAUAUCAGUUAGGAGAUUCAAACCUCGAGUAUAUACGCGUUUCGGUCAAGUACAACCAUUCAGCAUUCUUUUGCCAAAGUCGAAAUGACAUCAUCGACAACAUAGCAGAAGGCGGCACAAAACUAGAAACGUUUGCUACGGCCAUCGUCAAGCAACAUAAUCACCGAUCACCAUGGUCCCCAAGUCCAGCACCAACAUACAAUCCCAUUGCGAGCAUCAUCCUUGGAAAUUGGGGGCCAUCGAAAGCUCGUAAUGUGAUUCAUCGUAUAUCACCACAAAGGCCCCUCAGGGCGAAGUCCAGGAUGGACUUGUCUUUGGGAGACGAACCAAUGGAUAUGCUGAGCCCUCCGGUAAUUCCUAGGCGAGAGGCAAGCCUCGGUAGAGACGUGACAGUCAGAAAACCAGACGCAAUGUACAAUGGGUGGUCUGCCGGGCGUCGGAGGACGUUGGCAGUGGACUUGGACUGGGGUAGGCCCCGCGCGGAAGAAGUCGCGGAAGAAGGGAAGCGGUGGCCAUCAACUGCAACGUGCCCCGGCGAGGCGGCAACCGGGGCCGGAUUCAAGAAUAGGUUUGCGAAUCAUUUGACCGCAUUGAGAAGCCCGCGCUCGAUAGGCCCGGGCGUUUUGAGAGGCUUGGCAUCUUCAGUCGCCGGCACCCGAGAUGAAGGUCAUGAAGCAGAGAACAGACAGGCGCAUGGAGGAGAGUCCCCUCGCGGCCAGGGAAGAAAGUCAUUCAGCCGUUGGAGUUGGACGAGCUGGUGGUCUUGA